UUCUCCAAUUAAAGUUGUACCAUUUUGCUCUCCUUUGCCUUUUGGCCCCAACCCAUCACGAUUUCAUCGCCUUCGCCUGGUCCCAGCGGAGUCAUGGAGGCGCCGGCGCCGGAACGUGGGCGGCGGAGGAGCACGCGGUGGAUUCCCAUCGCCACUACGCCGGCUGUUGCUGGGGGAAAGCCCAUCGGCGGGCGAGACGCCGGUCGUGACCUCCGGCUCCUGCGCUACGACGAGCUGCCGGAUUUUCUCAAGGACAACGAGUUCAUCCUCGACCACUACCGGUCGGAGUGGCCGAUCCGGGACGCUCUCCUCAGCGCCUUCGCCUGGCACAACGAGACGCUCAACGUUUGGACGCAUUUGGGAGGGUUCUUCCUUUUCUUGCUACUGGCGUUGGCGGAGUUGGUGGUGAUGGUCGACAAGGUCACUCAUGCGGUCCUUCCGGAGCUCUCAGGUUUGAUGAUUAGAUUCUUCGGCUCCUCCAAGAACAAUGUACCAGAAAACAUCUUUUCGAAUUCUUCAGCAUUACAAUUGUCAUGGUCGAGAACUAGCUUCCCCAGUGAGCGUUCGAUACCAAGAUGGCCAAUGCUCGUAUUCUUGGUUGGAUGUAUGGGCUGCCUCAUCAUCAGUGCCAUCUCCCAUCUCCUUGCGUGCCAUUCUCGUCACUUCAGUCUCUUCUUUUGGAGGCUUGAUUACGCCGGCAUCUCCCUCAUGAUCGUCUCUUCCUUUGUUCCACCUAUCUACUAUAUCUUUCUCUGCCAACCAAUAGCCCAGCUUACUUACCUUUCAACCAUUUCCACUGUAGGCCUUCUUGCAAUUUUCACUCUCCUAUAUCCUGCCUUCUCUACCCCACACUUUCGCCCCUUUCGAGCCACCCUUUUCCUUGCCAUGGGCUUCUUCGGAGUUGUGCCGGCUGUCCAUGCUAUAUGGUUGAACUGGGAGCAUCACGAAGCCCAUAUGGUGUUGGGGCUAGAGGUGUUCAUGGGCGUAGCUUAUGCUGUCGGUGCGUUGGUGUAUGCGAGCAGAAUUCCUGAGAAGUGGCGUCCAGGAGAAUUUGAUCUUGUUGGACAUAGCCAUCAGAUAUUCCAUGUCCUUGUGCUCCUUGGAGCACUCAUACACUAUGUUGCCACCAUUGUGCUUCUCAAGUGGCUGGAGAGAUCGAUGACAUUUUGCGGUGCGUCUUGAAGAUAUCAUCUCAUGAACUUACUAUUCAUCGAGAGUUUAUGAAAGAACUCAGCAAGAUCCAAUCUCAAGAUCUAUCUGCGGCUCUGUUUUUAGGAUAUCACAAUUUCACUUCUAUUGUAUGUUGUUGCAGCUCUAGGUGAUGCGAUAUAAAUAGUAUAUCUUGAGGCAGCAACAAAAUUCCUUGUAGUCUAAACUUUCGAAAUGCUCUACAGAGUCUUUUGUCUGCUAUGUUUGAUUCUCUAAUGAUCAUGAAUAGUGGUUCAGUUA